AUGGCAGUAACGUUGCACACCACUGCAGGCGAUAUUAAGCUUGAACUGUUCUGUCAAGAGUGUCCGAAAACUUGUGAGAAUUUUCUUGCUCUGUGUGCUAAUGAUUUUAUGGUACAGACUGGAGAUCCAACGGGAACUGGAAAAGGUGGCAAUAGUAUCUGGGGAGGACCAUUUGAAGACGAGCUCUCAGUGGAGCUCAGACACGACGGCCGUGGUACUCUGUCUAUGGCAAAUAACGGGCCAAACACGAACAAAUCGCAAUUCUUCAUCACAUACGCGAAGCAGCCUCAUCUCGAUCUGAAAUACACAGUCUUUGGGAAAGUAAUCGACGGAUUUGACGCCCUAGAUGAGCUUGAAACUAUCAAAGUGGACGCCAAGUAUCGUCCGGUUGUGGAGCAGAGGAUCAAAGAUAUCACGAUCCAUGCCAACCCCUUUGCUCAGUAA